AGCUACUUUACUAUCUAUUAGUUUACUUUCGCUUUCGAUGCAAUUUUUAAAGUCUUUUCUUUCAAUUCUCAUUCAUUUCAUCGUGUAGCAUACCUACCUACCUAUCUCACAUACGUGUACCUAAUUCGAUUAAUACGUUAUAAAAUCGUGAAUUUGUCGCGUUUGUUUCAGCUGGUCGAAUAGGUGGCAUAAAGUGCCCCUCACACGAUGCGUUCGCUGUUGAAAAUCCCGGUGUUUAUCAUUUUGGUUCUAUGUACAUUAUGCAAGGGCUACAAUCCGUAUUAUACAUUUGAUACGUUCGAAGAUCAAGAAUACUGGCGUAAAAUAGGCCGAGACGAAAUCGAAGCUGCCAUCGGAAGACCAGUGAACUGGAAUAUAGCCAGAAGUGUAGUAAUAUUUGUAGCCGAUGGAAUGGAUCCGAACACAGUGACCGCCACAAGAAUAUUCAAAGAAAACGAAAGAGGAAAAUUAAGCUUCGAAAAGUUCCCACAUACGGGCCUUCUAAAAACGUACUCGGCGAAUAAAAAAGUACCCGAUACUGCUGCCUCGGGAACAGCAUUAUUUACCGGAGUAAAAACAAAUAAUGGUAUGGUCGGAGUAGAUGCCACGGUUCGUUUGGAAGAUUGUCACUCGUCUCUUGUUCCUAAAUCUAGGCUGGGAUCUAUCAUGUCCUGGGCACAAGAUGCUGGAAAAUACACAGGUUUUAUCACUAACAAGCGUGUUACUGAUGCUGUAGCUAGCGCUUUGUACGCUCAUUCUCCUUCCAGAUAUUGGGAAUGUAAUAAUAACGUGCCAGAAAACAGUUUAUGUAAGGAUAUAGCUCGUCAAUUAGUUGAAGACGAACCUGGUAAAAAUUUCAAGGUAAUUUUCGGCGGUGGCAGGCAAACAUUGAUUGACAAACCUUACGAAUCUCCUCAAGAUCCUUUGGAUGUAUUCACAUGUUACCGAACUGAUAACAGAAAUUUAAUCAAUCACUGGAUUAAUGAUAAAAAUCUCAGAAGUGCUCGCUACUCGUUAAUUAAAGAUACAGGAGAACUUAUGGAACUGGAUACAAACAGAAAUGAAUACGUUCUUGGUUUAUUUGCCAACUCACAUUUACCUUUCGAAGCAACCAGAAAUCAUUCACUCAGAGGACCUCCAUCGUUGGAAAUUAUGAUCGAACCAGCCCUUAAAAUGUUACGUAAAAAUAGAAACGGAUUUGUCUUGAUGGUGGAAGCAGGUCUGAUUGAUUUAGCACAUCACGAAGGUCACGCUCGAAAAGCCGUCGAAGAAGCAGUUGAACUAGACAAGACUGUGCAAAAAACAGUCGACCUUUUGAAGGAAUUAGGAUUGUAUGAAGAAACUUUAAUUAUCGUUACUGGAGGUCACGGUCAUACGAUGUCUAUAAACGGAUACCCGAAUAGAACUGAGAACAUUUUUGGUAUUGCUGAUAGAUCCAAGCACGACGAUGUUCCAUAUACGACUUUGACGUACGCUACAGGAGCUAAAGUUAAUUUCCAGUAUUAUCAAAAUGGCUAUCAAGUAUCGAGAGAUGAUCCUGCCAAACAUGAUACCCUAUCUCGUAACUAUGCUCAACAAGCAGCCAUUCUAACCGAUAAGGAAACUCAUGGUGGUGGAGAUGUCACCGUUUACGCUGUUGGUCCUAUGGCACAUCUGUUUCACAGCAUACACGAAUCGACUUACGUAGCCCAUGUGAUCGCAUAUGCCGCUAAAAUUGGCCCAUACAGAACAGGUUCAGCUGUUCGAAUCGCACCAACUUUGAUGAUAUCGAUUGUAUCAGUAUUUACGAUAUUUAAAUCAAUCUAAAGGAAAUGAUGACGAGAUGGUCAUAAGGAGAGUCAUGUGUCAGGGUAGUGUUGCGUCAAAGUACAGGCAAUACUUUAGGAAACGUAUUUUUAAAUCGGGCAAUGGCAAUUGGCGCAAUACAAAGGUUAUUUUUAUCGUUUGUUUAUUUCAUUUCAUUUUAUUUUUUCAAUUUGGCUUGUGGAUUUUUCUAAAAAUAUUUUUUCAUUAUUAAGGUAUAUCUAAAAAAAAAAAUGUUUAUCAGAUUUAGUUGCAUGUUUAAAAAAAAAAGAUGAAAAAAAGUGCCAUAACUGUGAUUUAUCUAUCUAGUCGUGUAGAGAGAAUUUCCAGAGCUUAUUUUGAAUCCGUUGUGUAUCUAUUGUUUUUAUUAAGCCUCGAUAUAUUUUUUAAAAUGUUUUAUUUUGCUUCCUCUUUUAAUGAAAUGAUAUGUUGCGUCCUGAAUGGAUACUCAAAUUUUUCCAAUUAAUUGUAAAUAUAUUUUUUUUUACAUAAGGAAUAAUCAAAAUUUGAACGAGUUGAAGGCAUACUUAUAUACAUCAACGAUUCGGUUAUAUUUAUUUAAUAUAAGAAAUUCCGAUUAAUUUAAACUUUCGAAUCAUAUACCUAAUUAUAACGCAAUUUAUUUACUUAAUUAAAUACCUAAUUUUAAGGGAAUACAUUAUAAAGUUUUAUCGAUAACUUGUGAAGGUUUAAGAAGCCGAGUAUAUACCUAUCGUUAAGUAUUUUUAAGCAUUCAUUUCGCAUUCGCCUACCUAUUAUGUAUUACAUCGACUGAAAUUAUACCAUAUUCCAAGUAUCCUACCCGACGAGAUACCACAAAAACCGUAUAUAUUAUGUAAAUAGGUAUUUUUAUGUAGUUGAAUAUGCGGUUUUGAUUUUUGUUUUAUUUACGGUGCAGGGAAAUGAUAUUGUAUUUUUGCUUCUGAAGGUGUUGAGGUCGUUUUUUUUCCUAUAAAGAACUUAUUUCGGUUUAUUGUAUUAUAUCAAAAAAGUCCGCAGAGGAGGACUAUACCUUUUGCGACCUCUGAAGAGCUAUUUUUUAUUCAAGUAUAUUGUUUUUAAUGGUAUUAUUUUGAUAUUGUUUUGUGUAUUGCCGUACGAUUGUGCAUUUUUGGAUAAUAAAAAUUAUUGAAAAUGAAAAA